UGUGUCAUCGCUAGAAAGACUAUUCGCAAACUGUCACCUCUAACUUUGUUUUUGUUGCAAACAUGGCGAAGUUCCUGGGCAUUAACCGGCUGGCAAAGCUGUUUCAAAUAAUCCGCGAGUCUGGUGGACUAAAACAGACUUACUUGAAGCUCUAUAGAAAUGACGAUCUAAAGAUCGGCACGCUGGUGGGCAUCGACAAGUAUGGCAAUAAAUACUUCGAGAAUCCCUAUUACUUCUACGGACGCAAUCGUUGGAUUGAGUUUGCUCCCCAUGUUAACAUGGACUACGAUGGCUCCCAGAUCCCUGCCGAUUGGUAUGGUUGGAUGCACUACAAGACGGAUCUGCCACCAAUCCGUGACGGAAGCCGCCCCAAAUACAAAUGGCUGGCCGAUCACAGUGAAAAUUUAUCCGGCACUAAGGAGGCUUAUAUGCCAUACUCGACCACACCUCCAAAAGUAGAGGCCUGGGAUCCCAAGGCGAAGAAAUAAGCAACUUAUCUAGCAUACAAUUUUAAUAGUUUAAACAAAUUAAAGUGAAAACGGAACUAUGUUAAUAAAAACAUUUUGUUAACGACCUUGUGAGCAGUUA